ACUGCGCAUGCGUCUAAUAUGGUGGCACUGUCUGCAUCAGCUGGGGAAGUUGUGUGCAUUAUUAUCUUAGCAAAGCUUUAGAUAGAGCAAUGGGUUGUUAACUCUGAGGGAUUAUAAACUGUACACAGAGAGUGUAUCGUACAGCAGCUGAAGGAACAUCAUGACAGCUAACGAGGAUCAGGAGAUGGAGCUGGAGGCUCUUCAGUCAAUCUAUGAAGGGGAUGAAUGUUUUAAGGAAAUCAGUUCAAGUUCCUUCCAGUUUAGGAUAGGAGACCUUGAUGACACCAAAGCGUUCAUCCUGGACGUCACAUGGACUGAGACGUACCCUGAGACGGCCCCCGAGAUCACCCUCGAUUCCUUUUUCAACAACAAGAUCUCUGCAGAGACAAAGCAGCUGAUCCUGUCAAAGCUGGAGGAGCAGGUGGAGGCUAACCUGGGCACGGCCAUGAUGUACACUCUGUUUGAGUGGGCUAAGGAGAACAAGGUGGAACUCAUGGAGAACCACAAGCCUGUCGUCAUUGCUGUGACAACAUCCAUCGGUGACGGGAACACAGCCAAGAAGAAGGAGAGGAAGGAGCAGCUGACUAAAUCCCAGAAGAGGAAGAUUGUCAACAAAACAGAUCACAAAGGGGUAUUGCCAAGAGGAUGGGACUGGAUCGACGUUGUCAAACAUUUGAGUAGAACAGGAGGGAGAGAUGACGAGUAGCAGUGAUCUGGUGCUGCUUUGUGCAAGGAAGUGCAGUGAAGUGUGAACUCCCUGCAGCCUGUGGAUGCCUUUACAUCCUUCAUCUUCAACAUUUAACAUGGCUGCUGUCGCCCUGACAACCAAAGCAGGCUGGGUUACGGUUUAGGACACACACUUCCAGCUUCACUGAGACUUUGCACUGGGAAAUAUUUGAAGCCCUUGCUGUGUUAUUGUUUUUGUGGGACGCUGCCAGGUAAAGAGCAACACAUCACCAGGCUUUGUGCCUCUUCCACAGUUUGCACUCAAAUAUUCUGCUGAGUCAUCCAUCAGGGCGGAGUGUACUUCAGAUACUCACUGCCAUGUUUUCGUAGGAGCGUAAAGUGUGGCAUUAUGGUUCCAGGUAGAUGUGUCAAAGUGCAGGUACAUUUUUAGCAACACUUAAAUGUCAACGUUUUCUUAUUUCGAGAGAUGUUACUUUCCCCCUAUGAAUUGAAAAACUUCAUUUUUAUAUAUAUAUAUAUAAAUAAAACCACGUUUGGUCUACUAUUGGUCUUAUAAUGUUGUUUACUGUUGUGGGGUGGGGAUAUAUGUCAGAUGUAAGAGUGCUUGGUUUGUGUGAAUAACUAGUUUUAUCUUGCAGCAAUGUUGAUUUUUUGGUCAUCGCAUGUUUUAAGGAGCUGCAAACUCUCCUACAUUGAUGUAAGACAUGGCAAAGCUCAACAUCAACUCCAUCAUAAGUUUGGAUUGAUAUUGUGCAACACAAUUCACCUUUUUGUUGUAUUAAAUAUACAACAGUUCAGUUGUGACUUUUCUCAGGCUUCAUAUGGACUAAAUUGCUUUAAUUGUGAAGUUACAGCAGAUACAAAGGAAGUGGUGUGAUUAUGCCUUCAAAAUAAAACAAAAUCUGAUGCUUCCACUGAGGACGUCAAAGUCA